UAGAUGCUAAAGCAAGCUGCCUACACUACAAACUUGUUUCCUUCAUUUCUUUUAAUAAUCCAAUUUCAUUCCCAACCCAUUUCGAAGUUCUCUCUGCCUCUGUUACUGUCAAAGCCAAUUGGCAUGUUCUUGUUAUAUAUCCUCUGUACAAAAUGAUGAAGGGACGAGUACGGUGGGAUGAAGCGAAUCUCAAUGAAAUCAACACAAAUAAACCUAUAAGGAAAAAAUUAGACGAACCUAAGACACCAUAUCACCCAAUUCUUGGAGAAGAUGGUUGUUCUUCCCCUGAAUCGGAUUCCUCUGACUCAAUUAGUUAUGCUGCACAUGCUGAAGCUGUAAGGAUUGCACUGAAUAAAGUAGCUUUAACUCAAAACCGUUCUGCGCAAUUUGGGGACGCCAUGGACAAAGAAGGCUCAGUAAAACAACCGCGUGCUAUUAAGUUUUAAAAGCAGAGAAGAGCUCAUUAUGACGAGUUCAAAAAAAUGAAAGAACUGAAGCAAAAAGGGUCCUUUCUGGAUUAUGAAGAUUUAGACGAUUACUCUAAUCAUGAAAGAAUAUGCAAUGCAUCCCCGUCUUAAUCUCAACCCAGUGACUUAAAGAAAUUUAUAUUCAUGGUGGUGAUGAAAUUCUCAAAACACUAAACAUUGAGGGACAUUUUAAUUCUAUUUAAUUAAGAGGACCUCAUGUAAUUUACUAUUAGAAAGCUUGUCCAUAUGAUUGAUUAUCCUUAGCUGUAAAAGCAUUUUCUUUUUGUUUGGAAUGUGGAGAAGACUGUGGAACAUCGUCACAAUCGGGCAUAUUUUGGCCCCAGCUUAACGUCUACUUCUUAUCAUAUGGCCAAAGCCAAAAUACAAGCUCAGGUUUUGGCAUAUAGCAAGCCAAUUUCAAGGCUUG